AUGCCGCCGAGUAAGAGCCUCUUUGCGCCUUUUGUCCCGCUGGAUCAGGAGGGAGGGGUCGGUACCGGAGCUCCGGUGGCUCUCCACGCUGAUCUCCACGCUCUCCUACAGCGGAGCCGCACGCAGGAGCGGCCCGGCGCAGAGCGCACCAGGCGCGGCGGCUGCGACCACCGGGACCCUCCGUGCGCCAUCGUGGAGCUCCGUUUGGGCCCGACCGGCGGCGCGCUGCACUACCUCCAACCGGACAAGUGCGCUCUGGAGCGGGCGCAGAGACGGCGCCGCCUCGCUGCCAACGCCCGGGAGAGGAGGCGGAUGCUCGGGCUGAACAUCGCCUUCGACCGGCUGAGGAGCGUCAUCCCCAACCUGGAGAGCGACAAGAAGCUCUCCAAGUCCGAGACCCUCCAGAUGGCGCAGAUCUACAUCUCCACCCUCAGUGAGCUGCUGGAGGAGGGGGCCUGCGGGGCCUCCGAGCGGAGUCCAGGGGCCACUCCACCUCCACCUCCAAGGGGGACCAAACCUCUGAGCGGGGAGACACCAGAACCAGAACCAGAGAGGGAACCGAAGAGCGGAGCGGAGGACUUAAGAUGA